UAAUACCUCCGUUACCUCCCCGUGUUGGAAGUGAAUAAAGAAGAAAUAAAUAUUAUUUUGGUUUCUAAGAAGACAACAUGCUACUGUACGAAUUUCGGGUGGUACUGCCCAUGGAAGUAGAAGAGUACCAAAGAGCUCAGUUAUAUUCAGUAGCAGAAGCCAGUAAAAAUGAGACGGGUGGUGGUGAAGGAAUUGAAGUGAUGCAAAAUGAACCAUUUGAUAUGACUGGUUUGAAAGAAGGGGAUGAAGCUUAUCAAGAUUUAAGUGCUGCUGGAAAGACAUUUAAAACAGGUCAAUUUACCAAUAAAACGUACCAUUUAGCAAGUAAAGUACCAAGAUUUAUAAGAAUUUUAGCUCCUAAAGGUGCCCUUGAGAUUAAUGAGAAGGCAUGGAAUGCCUAUCCUUACUGUAGAACUUUAAUUAGUAAUCCUGAGUAUAUGAAAGAAAAUUUCUAUAUUGUCAUUGAAUCAAUGCAUAUAGCAGAUAAUGGUCACUCAGAAAAUGUUCAUAAUCUAAGUGAAAAAGAUUUAGCAAUACGUCAGGUAGUAAAUAUAGAUAUAGCAGCAGAUGUUAGCAGAUCGGAUUAUAAAGAGGAGUGGGAUCCUAAAUUAUAUAAAUCCUCUUUAACAGGUCGUGGUCCUUUAAAUGCUCCCAACUGGAAGGAUACAGUCAAACCUGUCAUGUGUGCUUAUAAAUUAGUUCGCGUUCAUUUUAAAUGGUGGGGUCUCCAAAAUAAAGUAGAAAAAUUAAUACAAAAGCAAGAGGAGCGUUUGUUUACCAAUUUCCAUCGUCAAGUUUUCUGCUGGACUGAUAAAUGGUAUCCAUUGACAAUGAAUGAUAUUCGGGAAUUAGAAGAAAAAACGAAAGAAGAAUUAGAUCAGGCUCGUGUACAUGGUGAAGUGAAAGGGAUGGUAGUGAAGGAUUGAUGACUAGGAACUAGGUUUAUAUCUGUAAUUUAUAUAUUAUAAUAGAUUUCAUCUUGACUGACUGACAACAACAUUAGCUUUAGUUUGAUAGCAUAUUUAUACUAAACAAUCUUGAAAUUCAAUUCUAAGAACAACUAAUCCUGCCAAAUAUUUUCUUAUUAGCUUAUCAUUAACAUCAGACAUGCAGUAUUUUGGUGGGAUCAAGCUUCCAUAUUGUUAACUUGUCUCUGAAGCAAUUUGUAGAUGUUGCUCUUCACCAUUAAUGUCAAAUUUGACUGGAUUAGUUGUGUCUCAAAUUGGAUUUGAAAAUAGACCUCAUCACAGCUUUAUUAUCUUUGUGUUACUGCUUCAAGUCUUAGUUUGACACUCCUGUUACUUUCUCUCAGACGCGUGCAAAAUAUUUGGUAAAAUUCAAAGUCGAUUUUUAACUUCAGAUUUGCAAUUUAUUGCAUGGAUCAAAGUCUCAACAUAACAUGGCAUAAGGCAAAUACCUCACACAAACAAUUUUUGUUGUAUGUUUGGCCUUUCAGACCAUAUUUAUUUGCAUUAUAUCUGUAAGAGAAAGAAACAGUGAUGUGGUCACUCUCUUUUCAUUUUGUUUUGCUACUGUGAUAAUAUUUUUAUUUUAACAGUUCUCUCCCUUUGAAAUCGCAGGCAUUUGUAAUGUGUUCUUUCUGUAAUACUUCUCUGUUUAUGCAAAUCAUGAAGGAAAUUUAUAGAAACUUAUUGUUGUGAAGCUAUUUUGUGUUGCUGUCUUGUUUUGUUAAAUUUGAUUAUUGAUUAACCCUGUAGUUUAAAUAAAUGAAAUAAGUAAUUUGAGAGAAGUAUACAUGAUAAUGUAUACCUUGUUGAAGCUAUUAUAUUUAAGAACAUUAGGGUAAUGUGAUUCAUUAUUAUUUAUGUAAUUCGAUUAAUAGUAGUGAUUUUUGACUUAUUAUGGAAGAAAACGUUUAAGAAUGUAAAGAUAGUUGACUAUUUAGAUAGAAUUGUCUCCAAGAUUUGAAUGGCAAGAAAUAGUGCUAUUUCUAUUUAUUAAUGGGAUACUAAUCUUUAUAUAUAUUAUAAAACAAAUAGUUGUGAAUUCCCACUUUUAAAAAAAAGAUGAGAGCUUAUCCAUUUGAAAUUUAUUAAUUUAAACAUUAAUUAUUUGCUAUGUUUGGUUUUCUUAUAGUCUGCCCUUUCCUAAUAUGUUAUACACUUGAAUGAAUAGACUUUGAUGUACACUGGUCAAAAAUACUUAACUUGGUGCACGGUUCUGAUUUUCCAUGACAAAAUUAUGACUAUAUAUCCCCUCCAUUGCCCCUACUCAGUGAAUAUAUUCAUUCAUUUAGAUCAGUACUGCUUGUUAUAUUGCACUGGAAGAAUUCUUCUUUAGUUUUGAUAAUUGAGCUCUUUAUGUAUAUUCUAGUAAUUUGAUAAAGUAAUUUCGUCCACCCUAGAAUAUUCUUGAUGUGUAUUUUCUGUGUGGUUCUCAGGAGAUCUGUUAGACUGACGUUACCAUGGAACAAACAUGAUUUAGGUCUUUAAUUGGAUUUAUUUGUCUAUCAGCUAAUAAAGGUUAAUCCUAUCCAUAGUAUUUGUAAGAAUGACAAAAUUUGAAGUGUAGUUCUUCUGCAAUUCAAUAAAGGUAUAAUUACAGUAGAACGCUAUUAUCAUCUCAUGUUGAUGCAACAAAACUGCUGUAGCUAUAAAUAGAAGAUUUCAAAUUAGGAUCUAAAUUACCGUAUAAAUUAAGCUUUUAUUGAACAUCAGCAAAUGCUAAAAAGAUAAAUAGUUUAAUGUGACUCACAAAAUGAGUAAAAGAAUACAAAAAUGUAAAGAGAUUUGAAUUAUAUGUAAAGUAAUUGCUGAAGAUACCAUGAUGCAGGGUGUUUGUAGUAUAUUUCAUUUACAUCACACAAUGUAGAAUGUUUCCUGCAUCAACUAUAAUUGUACAUAGCUUUAGUUGUAAGUUAAUGAUAACUGUUAAUACAAAUUCAUGUGUGGCUUGUUUUAAACGUCAAGGACAAAAUUAGACAAAUAUCUCCAGCAAUAGGAACAAGGGCAUUAGAAAUUAUGUAAUCUUAAUGUUUAAAACAUGAAAGCGAAUUUGUCCAAAAUGAAUCGACUAAAAUAUAAGUUUUGUUUUCCUUAAUGCACCAUUAGAUUUCAAUGAGUAAUCACUUUAGAUUGUUAGUAUGAUUAAAUCUUGGUAUUGGCAUCAACAUUUCAUCUCUACUGUUUAAAACUGAAUUGUUGUAUUGUCAUUAUGUUAUAAAAAAAUAAGGUCUUGGGUGCCAUAUUAUGGAAAUUUUUGAAAUCUGUUUUGUGAUGAAAACUUAAGAUUUCUAUAAAACCAGGUCAUCACUUGUCUAGUUGUUUCAAACGAGAUUGGCACCUUCUAGUGGAUUCUUAGCAUUGAAAAGUUGAUCCACCCAGUUGAUUAAUCAUGGGCCUUAAUAUUUGUCAUGCAGAAUUGACCUAUGGAACCAUGAUCAUCAAAUGAUGCCUACCUCAGACUCAGAAUCACCAUUAUUUUUGUAAAUGACAGUGACAACUAUUGAGAUGACAUUUAAUCCAGCUUAGAAAUGUAAGCCAUGGAUAUUAGAAACUGCAGCAGGGCUGCUAUUAAAAAACCUCUCUAAUCUUGCUUGAUUUCAAGAACUAGCUUCUUUGUUUGCUGAUAAUUUCACAUUCCCAAAAUUUCUUAAAGCUGAAACAUUUUUAAUGGAGAAAUCAAGUUGUUCAAAUUUCUUUGUAAAGUAAAAAAUUUGUUUUGUGUAAUAAUGUAUGCAUAAAAUAUACUUAAGAUGAAA